AUGGCAGAGCAGUUAAAUGAUGAGUAUGUCAGUGUCGGAUCGCUAGAUCUUAUUCGUGGCAGGAGAGCGAUUAAAGUUACUGUAAAUAACCGAAAUUUAGCAAUCUUUAAUUGCCGUGGUAUACUCUAUGCCAUGGAUCAGCAAUGCUAUCACACUGGAGGGCCACUGGACAUGGGCGAUAUCGAGGAAAUUGGUGGUCGUGUAUGUAUUCGUUGCCCAUGGCAUCGUUACGUGGUAGCUCUGGAUAAUGGUGAAGGUUUAUUUGUUAAUGAAGGGAAGAUAAAGUCAAAAGGCUUGAAACAACGUGUUCAUGCAGUCAAAGUUGAGGAAAAUUCCAUUUGGGUUAAGUUAUCUCAAUUUCCAGAAGAAGUUCCCUCUGAUUAUUACCAAUCCGAAAAAUAUCGAGCAAUUAUGGCAUCAGCGGGUGUAUCUAUUCAAGUACCAACUCUCAAGAAAAAUUAA